GUAGAAGCCGUUGGAAUUGACAAGUGCCCAGAAUUGGUGAUUGGCAAAGGACUUGAUGGUGAAGAAAAAGCAAACAAAAAGGAGUUUGGAGAGAGAGUAUUCGAAUUCUUGAUAAAUUUGGUAUAA